CCUUUCUUUUCUCCUUUCUUCUUUUUCUUCUCCAUCCACUCGCUCGCUUUCACAGUCCAGCUACAUUCGUUGUCUGAACACUAAACCAAAAAACUCACAAAAAAACAACUUAAUACACCCACCCCCAAAACACUUCAAUACCGACAAGAUGAAGGCCGCUUUCGUUGCUGUUGCUCUCGCCGCUCUGGCCCAGGCUCAGACUCGCGCUGAUAUCCCAUCCUGCGCUCUGCCCUGCCUCGACGACGCCGUCAAGGCCAACACCAAGUGCUCCACCACCGACUACGUCUGCAUCUGCAAGGACUUCAACGCUGUCCAAGGCGCUGCCACCGGCUGUGUCGUUGAGAAGUGCGGUACCGACGUUGCCAUCAACAAGGUCCUCCCCGCCACUCAGGCUCUCUGCGCCGCCAACUCUGGCUCUGGCUCUUCCGGCUCUGGCUCUUCCUCUGCUGCCAACACCACCCCCGCCCAGCAGACCACCUCUGCCGCUCAGUCUUCUUCUGCUGCCCAGUCUUCCUCUGCUGCCCAGUCCUCUGUCGCCAGCGCUCCCCCCAGCUCUGCUCCCGCCCAGACCACCUCUGCUGCCCAGACCACCCCCGUCGUCCCCGUCGGCACUGGCACUGGCGUUCCUCCUCCCGCUGGCAACAAGACCACCACUGGUGCUCCCACUGCCCCCACCAACGGCGCUUCCACCAUCCUGCCCGGCCUCGCCUUCAUCGCCGCUCUCUGCGCCUUUGCCCUGUAAAGGGUUUGACAAUGAACGACGAGAUUGGAAGGGUGACGAUGUUUGGAGGACUUCGGAUUACUGGAACGGUUUGGUGAGAUGGAAGGAUAACGGUGUGAUGAACAUAUGAGCUGGACCCC